GUGCGGUGUGGGGCCGGGUGCAGUGUCGCGCGGCGCGGUUGAGAGCUGAGCGGCAGUUUGUCGCUAGCGGUGUUUGUCGUUAGGCACCAUGCUGCAGCCGCGGAGUGGCUCACCCUCUCUGCUUGUAUACAAACCCGGCCGUGCGUGCUGCCUUUAGCCACCCCUGUAUCCCACACUGUCUGGACAUACACUCAGGCGCAAUGGUUACCUGGAUCAAGAAGACCAAGACAAAAUAUGUCUUUAAUCACGAGGUGGAGAGCAUGGACCACAUAUUAGAAGGGGUGCUGGCCUCCAGUCAUCCAGACUCAUUCAAACGAGAGCUCAUUCUCAAGAUCACGGAACAGGGAGAGGCACAGCACUCUGUCACUGAUGUUCGCAAUGUGCUACAGCUGUCUAUGAACUGGAUUCUGCAUGGCACCACAGAACUUCAGGUCUCGUCAGGGUUUAAACUGUUUAGUGUGUGGGGACAAAACAACAUCCCAGUUCUAGAGUCCUUCUUCACACGAGAGCUGCUUGUGAACUUGAUGACCAAGCCUUGUCACAACCAGGCCAACCUUCCACCUUUCUUAUCUGAGGUUCUGACACUUUUCCAAACCAGUGGGCUGACAAAGGUUUUCCAGCAGCAUUUGAAAAUCAUAGAGGCCAAGUCAGCAGUCUUCAUUCAAGAACAUCGAACAUUGUGUGUGUGAGGUACUUCCUAGAGAUGCUGAUCAAGUUCAGAGAAUUUCUUCCAAAAGGAGAUCUGGCAGCACGACUGGCGCUGCCCCUCCUCAGGGUUCUGGCGGCAAACACUAUCCCGUCCGACCAGGUGCUGGUGUGCCAGUUUGUCAAGAAUGUGAGUGCUGUGGCUGAGUUUUUGCAGUUGAUAUGGUCACAACCCAACACGCCUACAUCAGUUCUGAUUGACUCACUUGCGUGAAAUCUUCCUCAUCAUUUCUGCAACAGAAGGGCCUGAACCUUCUUUGUGCCUGGGUGCUGUUGUUAGGUAUAUUCCCGUGGAAGUCGUUCGAAAUGCGGUCAAGUCUCUCGUUGCAGACUCUAACAUCUCUGAUGCUGCGCUGUACAAUAGCCUGCAGUUUAUAAUUGACUGGCUUGCAUGGCCGACAUGCAGAGACAUUGAUGACUGGAUCAUUUGCUAUCUCAAAGAGCUGGCAGUAGCCAAGAAAUACAGCAUCCUUAUUAACAUCAGUGUUAACAAGAUUGAGCAGGUGCUAGAGAAGAUGCAGUAUGCACCCAUGAGGAAAGCUGCCUUUAAUGUUUUGAGCCACAUGCUGCUCAGCUUCCAGCACUCACCUGUCCUGUUUCAUAAGAUCUUGGGCAGAAUUUCAAACAUUCUGAACACCUUGGCAAUGGAAGGAAGUGAAGCAUCACUGCAGUGCAGAACUCACCUGGCUACACUUGUCCACUGUCUGAUGUUCCUGCACACUGGCUUUCCAGAUCUUUAUGAUCCUAUCCUUGACCUCAUUAAAGAUGUGCCAUGCCCUAGCACACAGGAAAUCCAGUCCAGACUGACUGACAAUCGAUGGUGUUCACAGCAGUCUGGUGGGCAAGCACCAGUCAUGCCUGGUGACAUUGAGAAAUCUGAUACUGGGAAAACUGGCAUUUUCAAUCUAGGCAAUACUUGCUACAUGAACAGCAUUCUGCAAACACUCUUCAUGUGUGACGAGUUUCGCAGGAAUGUAUUAGCAAGGGUGCCAUCACCGCAAGAAGGUCUGCUAAGUCACCUUCAGCAAGUAUUUGCUUUCCUCCUCUUUUCACAGAGGCCAGCAAUAGCACCUAUGACUUUCCUGGCAGCCUCACGACCGUCUUGGUUCACCCCAGGCCAGCAGCAGGACUGCUCUGAGUUUCUAAAGUUCUUGCUAGAUGAGAUGCAUGAGCAGGAGUUGAAGGUGAUGAAGAAGCAGGUGGUGCGGUGUGGAAGCGAUGCCAGUCUCAUAGGGCUGGCAGCCAUUAAGUCACCGUCAACCAACAGCUUGCAACAGGAGGGCCAGGGCAAUGCAGGUUUCUCUCUGGUGAAGGAAAUGUUUGGUGGGAAGGUGCGGACAACAGUGAUGUGUCUUACAUGCAAGCAAGAGUCGCACAAUGUGGAAAGCUUCAUUGACAUUCCAUUGGCUUUCCCUCAGUCUGGGACCAGUGGAUUGGCAUCGGCAGCCUCCCCUAUGUCUUUAGUUGGAGGAGGUGGCCAGGCACCACAGAGUCAGAUCCUCAAACAACGCUUAGUGAUAAAACAAGAAGAAUCUGCAGACUCAGGCCAAGCAGUGUGUCUGAGUGAGCUUUUGAAUCACUACCUGAGUACCGAGCGCAUGGAGGGUGAUAACAAGUACCAGUGUGACCGCUGUGGCCAGUUGCAGGAUGGAGAACGAACUAACACCAUUGUUGAGUCCCCACAGUACUUGAUUCUGACCCUGCUGCGCUUUGCAUAUGAUGCACAGCUGCAAGCACGCUCCAAGGUGUUCCAGGAAGUCAUCUAUCCACGGACACUGGCCAUUCCUGUAAAGAAAAAUGGAUCUCCCUGUAUCACUGCUUCUUCAAAAUGUGGAGAGCACCACAAAACGCUGCUUGAAUACAUGCCUCAAAACUUGCCACCUGGUACAUCACCUGAUGACUGUGAGCUGUAUGGACUAUGUUCUGUGGUGGUGCACUCUGGAGCCUCUUCUGAUUGUGGACAUUAUUACUGUUAUUCUCGCCAUUCUGACAUCGGGGAUGUGAACACGGUCAUCCACAGCCUGGAGAGCAUGAAGGGAGCAGCUUUAGUACAAGAAAGUCGGUCGAGAGGUGACUUGGAAGACUGUGCCAAAGAACUGGAGGUUGAUCUCCUACCAGACAAAUGGUUCAUGUUUAAUGACAAUCGAGUGUCACAUGCCUCAUUUUCUUCCUUCCAGCAAAUAUCACACCGGUUCACCAAGGACACUCCCUAUGUGCUUGUGUAUAAAAGACUAAAUGUAGGUUACAAUGAAGCAUCGUCUGUGGUAGACCCACCACUUCGUGCUGACCUGCGAGAGACUGUCUCCAAAGACAACAUCCAGUUUUUGAAGGAGCAAGAACAGACUGCCAAAGCAAAAUCAGCCCGAAGUCAGUCUUCAAGUUCCCCUUUUACCUUUUGGGAAGACCCUGAUUCUGACCAGGGACCACCAGGCAGCUGUGGUGGUGGAGGACUGGGUGGAUUUGACUCUUCAGGUGCACGGUUUGUCUUCUAGGUUUGCUCUGUGUUUUCCAGCACUUGAGAACACCUCAAGUGAAAUAUGUGCAACGUGUGUGAAUAUCAUUGAGCUGGUGGUUCUCUUGAUGUAUUCUGUGUUUAAUGCCAGCUGAACACCAACAAAGUAUGUGCAGCAAUGACAGACAUCAUAAAGAGAAUCUUGUAGCUGCAUGUCAUGCCUGUUCCAGAAAGCUGUUCACUGUAUUUGGAGAUGAAAGCUGUUUGCUGUAUUUAAAGAUGAAAGUGGUUCACUGUAUUUGGAAAUGAAAGUUGUGACAAAGGAAGGAAGCUGGCAUCAGUUGAGAAUUUUAGUUAGUUAUACUUUAUAUUAUACACAUUAUCUUAGGGAAAAAAAACCUACUAAUUAGAAUGUAAAUACAUCAUGAUGUUCAUACAAAUGUACACAUCAUGACAGAGCUUGCUUUCUGGCAGCAGUGAAAAAAGAAAAAACCUUUUACUUUGUACAUUUUAAAGUAUACCAUUAAACUGAACUGUAAUGUCUCACUUUAGAUUGCAUCUGUUUGCUGCCAAACAUUUCUGCUUCCAUCAGCUACUUUGCUGGAUUUUUACUCAGAAAAUAGAAACGGGUUUGGGUGUUUCACAUAGCCAUUUUUUUUUUUUUAUAGAGGGUGUAUGAGUGGAAAGAAGAGAUGGGAUAUGCUCUUAGUUAUCUGUUUGUCUUUUCCACCAGUGGUGUUAUUAGUGGGACUGUUUGUUACAUGUAGUGAUGAGAGUAGCUACUGUUACUAUGCAGUCACUGUAUUCCAGCUUACUGUGUGCAACAGUUUUCUGGUUGGUAUAGCAGUAUGUACAUUGCCAGAGUUUUAUUUUCUGUAAGGAUUGCUGGUAUGAUAAUGUAAAACAUUGUACCAUCAUGUACUAGGUUGGCUGAACAGCUUGUUGCCAGAAUAGAGAGUUCAAAUCUCAUCUCAGACACACUGUUCUUUCUUUGCACGUGGACUGGGAGUUACUGGCUGUACUCUUGUGAUAUACCCUCAGCUGCAGACUUGGUGUAAAAUACAGAGACCUUACUCCUGUGACCGUGGAGAAUCUACAAAGAUGGAGUUUUCAAUCAGCACUGUUUUUUUCUGAGUGUAUAUAGCAGAGUUUGUUUGCAGCAAUUAAAAGAACCCAUAAAAGAUUUUUUCAUCAAGACAAUGAUGACAUAAAAAUGGCCAGUAGGUUUGCCAUCAUGCAAAUGUGUGAAUACUUGUAUUUACACAUCUGUGUGUGUGUGUGAGAGAGGGUACACAUGUAAAUGCUUGUUUGAGUGCAAUACUUCAAAUGUUUGUGAUGUCACAAAAGAUGAGAAUUGAUUUUUUUCUUUAAAUGUACCAGAUAUCUUUAACUGAUUCAUCUCUUACUUCAUUAAACUUCCUACUGAUUCUGUAGUUUGUGAAACUCAAGACAAACAUCAUGAUGUCCUUAAACCAGUGUCAAACAGGUUUGCAGACAUGCACUUUCAAAAUGGUUAGUGAGACAUAAGCACCCCAGAAAUAAACAGAAUAACCCCUACAGCCUUUUGAAGUAACACCCUUAACCCAUUUAGAAAAAAAUACCACGCAUACAAAUGCUAUAAUUCUUGUUCAAGCUCUGAACAGUUGAGAGCUAUUUAUUCUUCAUGUGACAAAAAUAAGGUCAAUUGGAUAUUUCAUGUCUUUAUGAAGCUAGUUCUUCUAGCACCCUAAUGACUAUAAGAGAGGUCAACGCCAUUAAUGUGCAAUUGUUAUUUCCCUCCCCACCCCGCACAGAUAUGCACUAACUGAAAUCCAGAUUUGUUGCAAAAACAAAUGAAUUCUUUUUUGGGGUAGUAAUUUGGUCCUCUCACUCCUUACUUUUAAAGUUUUUUUUUUUUAAAAAUGGCUAGAUUUAGUUAUCUCUGCAUCAAUGCUUUUUUUUUUUUAACCUGCUUUCUUAACCCUGUAAGUGGCAGUUAGUCUAUUUUAAAAUGGCAGUAGGAAUCGUAAAUCUGAUAAACUUUGAGAUUUGUAUUCAGUCUGUUAUCCAAGAACUUGUUAAUCCCAAAAUAAAGUAUUAAAAAUA